UUAAUACCCCGCCCUCCCUUCCCUUGUCCCCUUGUUGACAACCCUUGAACUACCGCGGGAAACUCAUUGCUUGCACUCAAGGAUAAACGCGGUCCGUGUAGGUUAUUUACAUUGCAUAAUGUCCAAAAAAAAAGGUCUCAGUCAUGAGGAGAAGAGGACACGCAUGAUGGAGAUUUUCUUUGAGACAAAAGAGGUGUUUCAGCUGAAGGACAUCGAGAAAAUCGCCCCCAAGACUAAAGGAAUAACACCCAUGUCAGUGAAGGAGGUUCUCCAGAGUCUGGUGGAUGACAACAUGGUGGACUGUGAGAGAGUGGGCACCUCCAACUACUACUGGGCCUUCCCCAGCAAGGCCCUGCACGCCCGCAAGCGCAGGUUGGAGGAGCUGGACAAGCAGCAUACCGAGGUGAAACAAAGGAAGAUGUCUCUGCAGCAGGCUGUCGACAAAGCAAAAGUAGGACGUGAAGAUACAGAGGAGCGGGCCUCUCUUCUAAAGGAGCUGCAGGCCCUGAGGGAGAAGAGGAGUCAUCUGAAGGCAAAGCUGGAGAAGUACAGGGAGUGUGACCCAGAAGUGAUCGAGGAGAUGAGAAAGUCCAAUGUCACAGCUAAAGAGGCAGUGUCCAGAUGGACAGAUAACGUCUUUGCCAUCAAGUCGUGGGCCAAGAGGAAGUUUGGUUUCGACGACGGACGCAUCGAUAAAGCCUUCGGGAUUCCUGAAGAUUUUGAUUACAUGGACUGACUGCACAAUCUGUAAUUUCAAUGAAUUGUUUUUGUUAAUUGAGUGACCUCCAUUGCACACAACGCAAGUCAAACAUGUUACUUUAUGUUGAAAGGACUCUAAAUCCACUAAGGCAAGCCCCCCCAAAAAACAGCCUUAUGUUUUCCGAAGUUGACUCGGAGCAGCUGCCAUUUUGGCAUUCGCUCAAGGCCCUUGCAGGUGCAAAUGCUGCUUAUGUGGAACCUGAGAAGGCGCUGUGCUAACCUUUGGGCUGUUCCGUGGUGGUGGGGGGGGCCUACUUUUGGGACACCUGUUUGCAUGAAAAUCGAGAGCCCAGAGUCGUUGACGGAAAUUAGCUGUGUCCAGCACUUCGACCCCCCCCCCCCACACACACACACUCCACACACAGAAAAAGAGGCGGCACAUCAAACACCCAUGCGAUGUUAAAAAUCUAAUCUUCCCUGAUUUAAACAGAUUGAAAUGAAAACAGCCACUCAUGUUGUUUUUGCCCCCCCCAUGUCCCUUAUCUUUCUUUUCAUAAUUUACUUUGACAAAAGAAGCAUCUGCCACUGUGGCACCAGGACUGACUGAACUUGUCUUAUCUCAUGUUUAAAUCAAAUGAGGGAGAGGGUCGUUGUGGACAAAAGGUGCUUGGUGAUUGACAAUGCAGUGGUGUGGAGAGUGACGCAAGGAGCACCGAAACACAAAUGGAAGCGCCACUGAAAUAUCGUUGAGGCUGUACAGUGGGGAUAUGUUUAGAAUUCACAAAAUGUAGAUGCUCCAUAAAUUAUAACUCCCUGUAAAUGUGCUUUAUGGUCUUGUGGUUCUGCAGAGUCUAGACUGAGGUGUUCAGGUUUUGUUGUUGAAAACAUGAUGGAUGAUCCAUUUGAAUGGUAACAUUUCAAUAAAGUCUUAGUGUUAUGUUUUAUCUUA